UAGCUAGCGAGAGCUUAAUUAGGGUCGAAACUCAUAUCAUAUAAAUAGUUGUAGUUACACUUUUCAUCCCAAGAAACACGAUGGACUUCCAAGCCUUGCCCGAAGGAUGCAUUGCUCACAUACUAUCUUACAUCGAUAUUCCUGCGGAUCUAUGCAGACUCUCCCUCGUUUGCUGGGCCUUUUGUUCUGCAGCUGAAUCUGAUGCUAUCUGGGAUCGUUUUAUCCCUUCCGAUUUGGUCUCUAUCAUUUCUCGAUCCCAUUCCGAAUCUUCAUCCUCUUUGCUAGCCACCUCUUCCUCUAAGAAGGCUCUCUAUCUUACUCUCUCCGACCAUCCCAUCAUCAUUGACCACGGUACAAAGAGCUUUCAAUUGGACAAACGGACAGGGAAGAAGUGUUACAUGGUUUCCGCCAGAGAUCUCUGGAUUUGUUGGGUUGAAACUCCUCAGUAUUGGAAUUGGACAACCAUACCAGAGUCAAGGUUCCAACAAGUUGCUGUGCUUCGUGCUGUGUGUUGGUUUGAUAUUCGUGGGGCGAUAAGUACCCAUGAGUUAUCCUCAAAUACUCAUUAUGCUGCUUAUCUUGUGUUCAACAUGGUCGAUCCUGAUGGGUUUCAUCACUAUCCUGUGGAGUUAUCAGUAGGUAUAAUAGGAGGCCCUAUCUCAACCAAAAAUGUUUGUUUGGACCCAUACUUAGAAGAGAGCGAACUGGACGAUAGAUUCCAGGGACUGCAACGUCCAAAUGUGAGAAAUGAUGGAUUGUUGGAGAUCGAGAUGGGGGAGUUCUUCAAUUCAGGCAUGGGAGAUGAAGUGCAAAUAAGAGUUAGCGAGACACAGAGUAAUAUGUGGAAGCACGGUUUCCUUCUCGAAGGAAUUGAAGUUAGGCCUAAGAUGCCUGCUGGUACGUGAGCUAAUAGUAGCAAGCCAAUUACACAAUCUAUGAUUUGUGUAGAAUCUAUGGUUUUUUGUAAUUAUUAUAUGAUUUUUGUAGUUUAAAAGCUAUUCUAAUUUCUAAAGCUCAAGCCUGUGUGACGUAGAACCUAUGGUUUUUUUAGUUGUCAACACGUUUUUUUUUGUUUUUUUUUUAUGAAU